UGGACGGAUGGACGGAAGGAUGGAUGGACGGAAGGAUGGAUGGACAGACAGACAGAUGGACAGACGGACAGACAGACCUGAACAGAACCCAAUCACGGAGCGCUCCCCGCAGACACAGCCCCCUCGGACCAUGUUCAUCAUCGUCAUCGUCAUCUGCAUCUCCAUCAUCUUCCUCAUCAUGAUCUUCCACAUCUGCCGCAAGCUCUGCCACGACGAGCCCGUGCACCCCCCCGCCUACAGGGACCCCCAGUCUCCCGUGCCCCUCCCGCUUGGCCCCAUGCCUGCGCUGCCCAGCCUGCCCGGAGCGGGCAUCCCGGUGGGCCUGGAGCCCCCGCCCUACAGCGAGGUGACAGCGAAGCCCUUCCUCUACCCGCUGCCACAGGGGCCGUGCCCCGAGUGUGGCCACAACCCCGAGCCUCAGCACGCCCCCCCCCCCCAGACCAACUUCUAG